GGCCUUCUCUUCGCUGGCCGGAAGUUGAGGCACUGAAUGGAUCCCGGAACCGGUGGCUGCGGCUUCUCCGUCUUUACUUGACACUUGGCGGUUGCUUAGCCGCAGGUCUUGACAGCCGCUGGGCCGCCAGGUUCAUGUGGAGGCUCCCAGGCGUCCGCGCCGCGCUUCGUGGGGUCCGCACGGCGGUGGAGCGGCGCAGUCGGACCGAGGCGGCGUCUGAGACCUCGGUGGGCGCGAUGGAGCGCGCUGUGGUGCGCUGUGUGCCUUCCGAGCCUAAGCUAAGCCUGUCAUUCGCGCUGGCCGACGGCAGCCACAAGAACAUGCAGCGCGACCAGAGCGAGCCGCUGGGUCGGGCUCUCAGCCGGAUUGCUACCAAUGCCCUUAAAGGCCACGCUAAGGCAGCCGCCGCCAAGAAGAUCAGGAAGAACCGGGCAAACGCAAGCAGUGGCGUGGCCUGUGCUGGGCCUGGGCCUGAGCCGGCUGCAGCCUGCGAGCCCGUGGUGAAGCUGUACUACCGGGAGGAGGCAGUAGCUGAAGACGUGCUCAAUGUGGACGCCUGGCAGGACGGUGCGGUGCUGCAGAUUGGUGAUGUCAAGUACAAGGUGGAGCGCAACCCACCCACCUUCACCGAGCUACAGUUGCCGCGCUACAUCAUGGCCGGCUUCCCGGUAUGCCCCAAGCUCGGCGUCGAAUUUGGGGAUCCCACCGGCUCCCUCUUUCGCUGGUACAAGGAAACCAAACCCAGAGCGGCGGAGCCUGAGGGCGGAGGCCCCUCGUCAUCGUCUCCCUCUUCGCUUUCUCCUGGUUGGACCGAGACGGGUGUAGACGAGCGCGUCUACACCCCGUCUAAUGCCGACAUCGGGUUACGGCUCAAGCUUCAUUGCACUCCGGGCAAUGGGCAGCGCUUCGGGCCAAGCCGGGAGUUGGAAAGUGUGUGUCCAGUGGAGGCUGGGCCCGGCACCUGCACCUUUGACCACCGGCAUCUCUACACAAAGAAGGUGACGGACGACGCUCUCAUCCGCACAGUCUCCUACAACAUUCUGGCUGACACAUACGCCCAGACUGAGUUCUCGCGGACGGUCCUGUACCCAUACUGUGCCCCUUACGCUCUGGAACUCGACUACCGCCAGAAUCUUAUCCAAAAGGAGCUCACGGGCUACAACGCCGACCUCAUCUGUUUGCAGGAAGUUGACCGCUGCGUGUUUACAGACAGCUUGGUGCCGGCCCUCGAGGCCUUUGGGCUGGAGGGCGUGUUCCGAAUCAAGCAGCAUGAAGGCCUGGCUACUUUCUACCGAAAGUCCAAGUUCAGCCUCCUUAGCCAGCAUGACAUUGCUUUCCAUGAAGCCCUGCAGUCCGACCCACUUCACAAAGAACUGCUGGAGAAACUAGCUUUGUAUCCAGCAGCGCAAGAAAGGGUGCUCCAGAGGUCUUCUGUCGUUCAGGUUUCUGUUCUUCAGUCUACAACAGACUCUUCUAGAAAGAUAUGUGUUGCUAAUACCCAUCUCUACUGGCACCCCAAAGGUGGGUACAUUCGUCUCAUUCAAAUGGCAGUAGCCUUGGCUCACGUUAGACAUGUCUCUUGUGAUCUGUAUCCUGGCAUACCAGUUAUAUUUUGUGGGGACUUUAAUAGUACCCCAUCAACAGGAAUGUAUCACUUUGUCAUCAAUGGCAGCAUUGCAGAGGAUCAUGAAGACUGGACUUCCAAUGGGGAAGAGGAACGAUGCAACAUGUCUCUUAGCCAUUUCUUCAAACUGAAAAGUGCUUGUGGUGAACCUGCUUACACAAAUUAUGUUGGUGGCUUUCAUGGAUGUCUGGAUUAUAUUUUCAUUGACUUAAAUGCUUUAGAGGUUGAACAGGUGAUUCCAUUACCUAGUCAUGAAGAAGUUACCACCCACCAAGCCUUACCUAGUGUUUCCCAUCCCUCUGAUCACAUAGCACUUGUAUGUGAUUUAAAAUGGAAAUAGAUUUGUGUCUAAUAGAAUUUAAAUCUGCUUUAGUAGGAGAUUUAAUAUGAAUCAGAGUUUAUGUAUAACUUUCAAAGAGGAAAAUUAGACACUAAGGUACAAUAUUCUUAUCCUAUUAGUUAUGUUCUAGUGUCUUCAUUACAUGACUAUCAUAAUGUUUGCAUAAUAGUUUCUCUACCCUUUUUUCCUACACUUGGAGGAAAAACAAAAAUAUUUAUGGCUAGUAGGAAGAACACUGUGUACAUUUUAUAAGUACUUUUUUUUUUUGCUAAUUAAGAAUUUUGUAAAGAAAAAAAAUACCUGAAUAAUCUUGUAAUUUUUCUAUCAUAACACACUUCAGAUUAAAUGAUGUAUAUAUAAUUAGGGGGAGAGCACAUACAAGUUGAAGUGAGAGGACUAAGUUCUAACACAAGGAAGGAAUAACAUUAGGGCCUAUCUCUACCUCAGUUUGGAUGGCAAUUUCAUACAACUUCAGAGCUUUAACAAAAAAGUACACCAUAACCAAUUCCUAUUGGUUUUCAUCUUUUGUUUUUCAAUUAACAUAAGGUAUUUUCACUGUCUUAUUUUUAGGAUUUAGUUUUUAGUGUAUGGCAUAAAUGGACAUACUUAUGGUCCCAUCCUUACUGCAGCUUAUCUUAACUUUUAGGAUGCAAGCACAGUUAGUAUUCAAAGUGAACAGUAACAUUAUCAACUUGAUCGUAUUGUCUGUAACACUCUUACCCAUGGAAAAUGUUCAUAAAUCAACAGGGUAUUUGACCCUAUCAUAUUAGGUAUUAGGAGAAUAGCACAAUGCAUUACGUUUGAAAAACUGCCUACUGAUAUGGGCUUGAAAUAGUGGAUGAACCAUGGAGUAUUUCUGUGCUGCAAGUAUUAUUGAAAUUCUUGGUUUUUCUAAAUAGGAGAAGGGAGAGUAGUAAUGGGGUUUUUGAGCAUCUCUGGAAUAAACUUAUAGACUUGAACAUUAUAUUAUAGCUUGAGUUACAGGAAAACAUUGUAUAUGUAAUUUAUAUACUGUAAAAUUUUUUAAAAAUAUGAAGCCAAAUUCUUGAAAAUUACAAAUUAUAGUUUUACUGAUUAGAGUCUAGCUGAUUAGUAACUAAGUUUUUCUAACUCAGUUAUCACCAUACUUUAUUUGUAAUGCUUUAGCUGCAGCCUCAUGUUCAGGAUAACCAUAAUGUCAUCUUGUAUUUCUGCGUUUAACUUAGACAGCUAGAGCUCACUUCAACCAGAGCUCUGAUUUUCCAGUCAUGAAGCCCUUUGUUCCACCUUCUUUAAUCUCUAAGCCUGUAAAAACUUUCCUCUUUUGAUGAAGUAGCCUGCAUUUUCAUAUUCUGCUCACUGUCCAGUGUAUUGUUUACUCUUAGUAAUUUUGAAAAUGAGAGGGUUUUACCUGCACUUCAGAUUGAACCUUGAAGUGCUUAAAAGUACUUGAAGCAAAAAGUUAAGGUGGCAGUUUUUGGGGAUCUUGUUUAGAAAAAGCUAUAAAUGAGAAAUUGAAGCUACCAAAUUGUGCCUUCCUAAAUAGCAUUUUAAAAGCAUUUUAACAUCAGUUUACAGAUACACAAUAUAUUGAAGCCAGAAUCUGAUUUUUUUGCAAUUUUUUUUUCCGUUUAAAAUUUGGUUUUGCUUUCGUUUCAAACAAACGUAUUGACAGGACUUUGACAGUAAGCUGAGAAAACAAAAAGCUGAGAAACAUAAAGUGUAAUAUGACGUCCUCAUGCCCAUGAGAAAAACAUACAAGUCCUGUAUUAUUAAUAACACUACAGCUAGCUAUAUUGAACUCUGGUCACAAAAAUUCUACAUACUAUUAAACAUCCACAUCCUGAUUCUUCAAAUUUGGUAUUUGCUGACUAGACAAUGAUCAUGCAGGCAUUUCAGAAUAUUAGAAUAUAGAGUAUUAUUUUGAAGUGCCAUAUACUCUGUUCAAAUCUCUAGUACACAGCUACGUUCAUACGGUUACUCCAAAGUUGUGCUGUCACGGUGGUGUCCCACUCUGACCCCCAUGGACAGGCUCCUCUGUCCAUGGAAUUUUCCAGGCACUACUACUGGAUUGGAUUGCCAUUUCCUUUUCCACGGUAUCUUCCUGGCCCAGGGAUCAAACCUGCAUCUCCUUCAUUGGCAGGUGGAUUCUUUACCACUGUGCCACCUGGGAAGCCCAAAGUUAGGGAAUGCUAAGAAAACUGUAUAAAUAGCAUACCAAAAUGUCCUUGUAUAUGAGUUAGAAUAAAGUGUUAUUUCAGAAAUUUUUUAAGUGUUUAAAGCCAUCUCUGUGAUUGAAUUUUUCUAUUACAUUUGGGUUUUUUAGUACAUGUAAUUAAAUAUGAAAAGUUGAGCGAUUCUGGUGAAUCAGAUUGUACUAUGUAACCAGCAAGGUACAGUGUACUAGCAAGAACUUGUUUUUGCUAUAGGAAUUAAUGUUUUGAAAUUUUAUAUUAUUGAUUACAAACUAUAGUACUUAAGAACACUAUAGAAUACAUUAUUCCUGUUAAAUGAAUUCGUAAACAGUUGCCACUCGGACAUACAAACUGGUAGUUUAUAAUUUGUUAGCAAACAAACCAUUUCUGACUAUAAUGUGAUGUUCUUUAAAUUCUAGAAACUAAAAUCAGUUGUUAAAAAUUUUCAAGAGUUUUACUCAUUGGUGACUUUUUUGAGUCAUCAAAAUGUGGUUUCAGCUCAAGGUGGAUCUCUGAGGAAUAGAACUCAAUUUAGAGAAGUCCAAAGAACGCUACUGUGGGGAAAUCUCCCUGGGGGAAACUGAUAGCUUUAGAUCUCGUAUUUUCCAGCUAUGAAAUGCAGGCAGAAAUUUCUUACAAACUAGUCUGAGACAAAACCAAAACCCAUAUAUAAUGAAAAACAGAAGUUUGCACUAUUAGUUUAUUGUUAAGACCCACAUGACAACUGAAUAGGGAAAAUCUUUUCUCUAAAAAAGAGCCAACUAGUUUUCCAAAUGUAAUACAAAAUUUAAAUCCCCACCUUUAAGUGUGGGAAUUUGCUGGUGGUCCAGUGGUUAGGACUCUGGGUUUUCACUGCUGAGGGCCUGGGUUCUAGCCCUGGUCAGGGAACUAAAAUCUUGCAAGCCAGGCAAUAAAAAGAAAAAAAAUGGAAAGUUUCAAAAAUUUUAACAUUUUGCUCAGUAUAAUACUAUGGAAAUGCAAUUUAGAUUUCAUUUUGGAAAGGGAAACAAUAUUAAGAGGUUUAACUGAUUUUGGUAAUAUUCAAAUUCUGUUGUACCACUUUAUGAGAAAGUACAUGCUUUAACAUUGAAGGUUUAAGAGCUAUUAUUAACUUGGGUGAUUUUUUUAGACACUAACUUCAAAAUAACAGUACUACAUUCUGAGAUGAUAAUACCAGAACAUUCUUUAAACUGAGGUGAAAUUCAUGUAAGACUAACCAUUUUAAAGUAUAUAAUUCCAUUGUAUUGAGUACAUUCACGAUGUUGUGUGGCUACCAUCUGUUAACUACUUUCAAAACAUUUUCAUCACCCCCAAAAGAAAUCCCAUACCCAUUAAUUUAUCCUUACCCUCUAACCCCUGGCACAUACUAAUCUGCUUCCUGCCUCACUGGACUUCCCUAUUCUGGAUAUUUCAUAUAAAUGGAAUCAUAUGUUACAUGACUUUUUGUCUGGCUUCUUUCGGUUAGCCUGUGUUCAUCCAUGUUGUAUGCAUCAGCAUUUCAUUCCUUUGUAUGGUGGAAUAUUUCAUUGUAUGGGUACACCAUAUUUUGUCUGUACAAAUGGACAUUUUGGUUGUUUCUACAUUUUGGCUAUUGUGAAUAAGGCUUAUAAACAUUUGUGUACAAGUUUUGUUUCAACAGCUAUUUCAGUUCUUUUGGUUAUAUUCCUACCGAGUAGAUUGCUGGUUCAUAUGGCGGUUCUACUUAGAAACUUUCUGAGAAAAUGCCAAAAUGACUUCCAGAGCAGCUGCAACGUUUUUUACAUUCCCACCAGCAAGCAAUCCACAAGUUUCAGUUUCUCCACAUUCUCAUCAACCCAUUUCACUUUUUAGUCAUGCAAGUGGAUGUGAAUUGGUAUCUCUACCAUUUUUAACUUGUUUAGUCUAAUGAUGUUGCUUCAGUCAUAAACUAAUCACAAGUGUAUCACCCAAUCUGUAAUUUUUUCCCAGAGGACUCAUCUUGAACUUUUAAAACUUUGUCAAGCAAGCAA